CGAACCACCGUUAUUCUACAAAAGUAAAAGAAUCUGGAAUUGUGCAACUUUAACCGAGAUGCGUCGUAGUUGUGCCCCUUCCAUGAAGCGGUCCCAACCGGGGGAGGGAAGUGCGUUUGUCGCAAAGCGCCCUUUGGUGCCCCAUUCCGACGUCGCUGCCAGUAAACAACCGGCGGCAUCUGCAUCGUCCACGAAAGAGAAUGUUUGUGCCCUCAACGAUUCCGCAACGUUUAAGGUCGUAUGGGGUAAGAUAAGCACCCGAAAACACAAAACGUGGGAGGGUGAUGGGACACUGGAAGUUUCAGGCCGCAGUGCAGUACUGCGAGACGAAACCGGCAAAGUGAUCAGUACGGCUAGCGGCCUCAAACUCGAGGAAGUAACCGAGGGCAUUCAAAUGAUCGUUGGAUCGAAGGAGGUCGAGGUUUUAGAACGAAUAGCCAAAUCAACCCAAUCAACCGUGCCGGUCAGCAAUCGUUCCGAAAAUGUAGCUCCGGAAAACAAAAUGCCACGAAUCUCGAAACCACCAUCGACGAGUUUCAAAGCACCGGCACAGAGGACAGCAGAACCGGAUCCACCGGAACCAAUUUCGCCGCUUGAAAGUCUGACUACCAAAGAUUCGUUUUCGAAAGUAGAACCUAAACCAUCCGUGCCCGUUGCUGUGAAUCGACAAUUCAAACCAAUCGCAAUGCAUUCCGCUGCCGAUGGGGGACCCCCUCAGGAUGACGGUCAGGGCGAUGUGUUGGAGCCACUGUUCAUGAAGAAGCCAUCCUUUGAGCACCGUUUUCAUCAUAAUCCCAACAAUGAGCUAACGGUAGCAGAUGUACAAGUGGCCACUUGUCUCACCAAACACCUGAGACCACACCAGCGAGAAGGUGUCGCAUUUCUAUACGAGUGUGUCACCGGAAUGCGAAUGAUGGAGUCUCCCGGCGACGGUUACUAUGGAGCCAUACUAGCCGAUGAGAUGGGCCUGGGGAAAACGUUGCAAUGCAUUGCCCUCAUGUAUACGCUGCUGAAGACGGGACCGUACGGAAAGCCGCUGGCACGUCGCAUACUGAUCGUAACACCGAGCAGUCUGGUGGAAAAUUGGGAUCGUGAAAUUACGAAAUGGCUACGGAAUGAGCGGUUGUUUACGUUUAUCGUCGGGCCGCACAAUAAGCUACGGCUGUACGCACAGUCCCUGCACAUUCCGGUGCUUAUCAUUUCGUACGAGAUGCUGGCCAAGCAGAUCGAUGAGCUCGAAACGGUCAAGUUCGAUCUGAUCUUCUGCGAUGAAGGCCAUCGGUUAAAGAACAGCAACGUGAAGGCAUUCGGCGUUCUUAGCAAGCUCGAAUGUCGCCGGCGGGUCCUCAUUACCGGUACACCGAUACAGAAUGAUCUGGCGGAAUUUUACUCCCUCAUUAACUUUGUCAAUCCCGGAGUUUUGGGAUCGUAUCAGGAUUUUAAGGCACGGUACGAAACGCCAAUCAUCAUCUCACAACGCCCCGGGGUACUGCCACAGUCGAUUGAGCUCGGAAUCGAACGAUUGAAUGAACUGAAUGGAAUUACUGGCCGGUUCGUGUUGCGCCGGACACAAGAGGUGAUCAACCGGUAUCUACCGGAGAAGCACGAACUGGUCAUCUUUUGCCAUCCGUCCGAACUGCAGACCAAGCUGCUACGCACAGCUCUGACCUUCUACGACGAGGAGCGAAACGGAUCGAACGCCAUUACACCGUUACAGUUGAUCACGAUCCUGAAGAAGAUCUGUAAUCAUCCCUCGCUGGUGAAGGUGACGGGGGGCCGUGGUGACCCUGAAUCGCUGUUGCACCGGCUAGCCGAUCAACUGCCCGACUGGCAAGCGAUGGGCCCUAGCGAUUCGACAAAACUGGCCAUUAUUGAUACGCUGCUUGAGGAUUUAAUAGUGAAGCAAGAGAAAGUAGUGAUCGUCUCUUACUACAAUAAAACACUCGAUAUGAUCGCGGGUUUGUGCGAACAUUACAACUACAAGCACUCGCGCUUAGACGGUUCGACGGUGGCCUCGGAUAGGAGCAAAAUUGUGGCCACAUUCAACAAUGCUGCCUCGGAUAUCUUUAUCCUGCUGCUCAGUGCAAAGGCCGGUGGUGCGGGUCUCAACCUGAUCGGUGCCUCGCGCCUCGUGCUGUACGAUAACGACUGGAAUCCGGCCAACGAUCUGCAAGCGAUGUCACGUGUUUGGCGCGAUGGACAGAGCCGAACCGUUUUCAUCUAUCGCUUGCUAACCGCUUUCUCGAUCGAGGAGCGCAUCUUCCAGCGGCAGAUCUCGAAAACCUCACUCAGCGGAACGGUCGUCGAUCAGAGGCGCAACAUGAACAAUCUUCAGUUCUCGGACGAAGAGCUCAAGGAUCUGUUCUCGUUCGUCGAUCCACAGCACGCAAACGACUGUCUGACGCACAGUUUGCUCGAGUGUCCGUGCGCCGGAAUCGGUGUUGUCCCGGAGCCGGAAGUAGCGGAAGAUGAACCGGUGGAUGAGUUGGAUCGUUUGCUGCGUGAACCACCGAUGAUUCUGCUUCCUCCAGAGACCGAAAGCCGAUACCGUGUACGCCACGGUGCACGCGGUGGACGCACGAAAACGAAAUACGCCCUCAAGAUGCAGGAACUGAUGCGCUGGGAGCAUCACCGGUCACCGGUGUCGGAGAGCGUGAUGGAGCAGUUGGGUUUAGCGCGCUGCUCGGAGGAGGUGGUGUUUUUGUUCCGCAACAUUGUGUCCGAUGGCAAAUAA